GACACUCCUGCUGACCUUUGGGGCGUAACUAUAUGUUUUGACUUUUUUUUUUUUCAUCAAAGAGGCGUGAGGUGAGGGACGGGGUCACAAGCCCAUAAAAAGUCCCUGAAGCUUUGGAUGGAUGAGUAAAAAGCCGUGCAGGAGAGCCACACUCGCACAGGGGAGAAGGAGUGCCGCUCGGGCUGCAAGCUGAUACCUCAUUUGUCUCCUCUCAAGCAGCCUGGACGCUGUGCUGCCUCCAUCAGUCCAUGAUUCUGGAUAUCUGCUCCUCCAUACAAGGGCAAUGUAGUUGAACUUUAGCGCCUAAAGUGAGCAACAUGACCCCUUGGAGCUGUGCCGUGUUUGGACUUACUUGGAGCUGUUUGACUUUUCUGUCCUGUGCUCACUGCGCCUUCACUGACAACCAUGUGCACUCCAGUUUUAUCUACCGGAGGUUGCGCAAUCACGAGCGACGGGAGAUCCAGAGGGAGAUCCUCUCCAUCCUGGGCUUGCCUCAUCGCCCGAGGCCCUUCUCUCCAGGUAAACAGGCGUCCUCGGCACCGCUCUUCAUGCUUGACCUUUACAACGCCAUGGCCGUGGAGGAAGAAGGGUUAACGCACGGUGCGGGGAAGAGCCACAUUGCCAAGGCUCAAGGGCACAUCAGGAAAGGUUUCUACAGCCCCCAGCAUGCAGGCUACUCCCGUGUGGCCCAGCCCUACCGAGCGGCCCCUCUGCUGGGUCAGAGCCCGGCACUCACCAUGACACAUGACAACAACUUUCUCAAUGACGCAGACAUGGUGAUGAGUUUUGUCAAUUUAGUGGAGAAAGAUAAAGAUUUUUCUCACCAACGAAGACACUACAAGGAAUUCCGUUUUGAUCUGACCCAGAUCCCUGAUGGGGAGGCAGUGACCGCCGCAGAGUUUCGAAUCUACAAGGACCGCAGCCAUGCUCGCUUUGACAACGUCACACUGAAGGUUACUAUUUAUCAGGUCAUCAAGGAAUUUCACAACAAAGAUGCAGAGACCUUCUUGCUAGACUCCAAAAGGGUUCAGGCAACUGAUGGAGGCUGGCUGGUGUUUGACAUCACAGCUACCAGUAACCACUGGGUGAUGAACCCACAGCAGAACCUGGGCAUCCAACUCUGUGUGGAGACUUUAGAUGGGCGCAGUAUCAACAUGAAAUCUGCCGGCAUUGUGGGACGCAAUGGGCCGCAGUCCCAGCAGCCAUUCCUGGUCGCUUUCUUCAAGGCCAGCGGGGUGUUGCUUCGAUCGGUCAGGGCCGCCGGUGGGAAAAAGAAGAACCACAACCGCAAUAAAUCCACUCAUCAACAAGAAUCAUCUCGGGCACCGAAAAGUGGAGAUUAUAACACGAGUGAGCAAAAGCAAGCCUGCAAGAAGCACGAGCUCUAUGUCAGCUUCCGUGAUUUGGGUUGGCAGGACUGGAUCAUAGCACCUGAAGGCUACGCUGCUUUUUACUGUGAUGGCGAAUGCUCAUUUCCACUCAAUGCACACAUGAACGCAACAAAUCACGCCAUUGUCCAAACCCUGGUCCAUUUAAUGUUUCCUGACAACGUGCCAAAGCCGUGCUGCGCUCCCACCAAACUCAAUGCUAUUUCAGUGCUUUACUUUGACGACAGCUCCAACGUCAUUCUCAAGAAGUAUCGAAACAUGGUGGUGAGGUCUUGUGGUUGCCAUUAGUUUAAUUUAUGCUGUCUGCAAUAGGAAAAGGUUGGAAAACGCAUCAGCCCCAGGAUGUGAUGUGCUUGUACAGUGUUAUGUAUAUAAAGUUUUAUUCCCUAAUUUAUUCUCUGGUCAAAAAUAGCACUGAAUAUUGUUAUAUUGAAAUGGUUAUUAAUAAUGUUGAUUAUACAUUGUUCUUAUCUCACAUAAGUAUGUCCGUUGGCAUACACCCCCUUUUAGAAAUCAUUACUUUUAAGAGAAAUCUUCACUGGAAUCAUCAUGAUACACCUUUUAAGGUCUUCUAAAUUUCAAAAACUCAUUUUCAAUUUUGGGACAUUUUGGGACAUUAAAGAAAUGUCCCAAAAAAGAUGCCCAUGGGAUUACCUCACAAGAUGAGGUGGUUGUUGGGGGAAAAUCUUACUUUUCCUGUACAAGUGGUUCUCGGGUUACAUACGAGUUCUGUUCCAAGACUGCGAUGUAAGUCGAGUUUUGUAAGUCGGAUCUUAAAUCUAACUUAACUCCAGUGAUGUGCGGUGAGGUUCAUGGCUGGUGAGGCACUGACUGAUUGGGAGCUUUUUAUGUUUUUUAUGAGAAUAAUUCACUUUGGUUAAAAACAUGUUUUCAAAUUGUUUUCAACUGAAGAACGUUUAUGUUCUUACCUUUUAAUCUAUAUGUGAAAUCUAUGCACCCUAUCCUUCUCAAGGAAAAGUUCUGAUACUUUGUUGUAAAAGUCCGAUCACCUCCUGGUGAGCUUGUGUAUAUAAUUCUGUAUCUCGGCAGUGAAAUUCAUUCAUUCUUUCAUUCAUUUAUUCACCAUAGCAGAAAAAUAUCUUGAAAUUGACUAGCUCUAGCCGACACUACUGUUUGUGUAUUUCAUUAAAGUUUCAAUAAAGUUUAUGUUUCCUCUAUGGAAGGACGUCAGUGACAAGCAAUCACCUCCACAUAUGACAUUUUUAUGUAUUUUAUUGUCCGAUUAGCAAGAAUAAUGAUGUCACACUUACAUUAAAGACAUUACGCAGGCUUUAGACUGUCAUUAUGGAUAAUAAAUGUUUCCGCAACAUUGUAUUGCAACAUGCUGACAAUCACAAACGGUAAGCAGGGCUUGCACAGUAAGUCGACAAGAGAUGCUGGUGACAGCCUUAUCUUGGCUUUCUGUAUUUGAUCAGGAAAUGUGCAUACUCAGCGAUUUUUACUUACGGAAAUGUGAAAAACCAUUGGAACCAUACAGGAAACACAUUCAUAAUACAGUUCAAAGGACAAAUAUUCAUAUUUAUUUUAGUUGUUUUUUUUAUUUGCCUCAUGUGCCUCCCUUGAUCACAUGUCACUGAUCAACGAACACUGUACAUAGAACACCUGAAGGGCAUAAAAUACAAGAAUUAAACACUAAAUACAAGAAUUAAAUGAAAUUGUAAUAAAAAAAAUUUAAAAGUCACAGCACUAGCAACCUUUCCAUCUCAAUAAUAAGCCCAUUACACUGUGUAGCUAUUGCUGUUGCUUUCAGAGGAUCAGUGACCUGGCAGUUACAGUAUGUGUACGGUUAGAGUUUUGUGAUUUCUGACUGUCUGUGAAUGUGACACAAGUCCUGACCGUGCGUGUGUGUGUGUGGGGGUGGGGGGGGUGGGUGCAGACUGAGGACGGCUACAUACAAAGAGGACAGUUCAGGUUGCUGAUUUUGGCAUGGUUUGGCCAACAGUAGCCUCUUUUGUUUUUGCAUUAAAGGAUUAUAGGAACAUCCAGGUAGACAAUACAAUAUUAUCUUUAUCCUUAAUGAUGGUCACGACUGUCAAGCGAUUGAAACAAGUGCAGCCAAUAUUGAGCACAUAGUGUCUUUAUGGACUAAGACUUAGUUUGUAAUUAAUUUAUGGGACCGCAUACGUAACCACAGAACAUGGUAAACCGAGGACCACCUGUACAUACUCUAUAUCCUCCUAAGACCCAGAGGGGAAAAAAGUAUACACUGACAUCCCGAAAGAGGUUUUGAUCACUUCAGGCAUUGUGUUCAUGCUGCUGCCUGAUCCAGUAGUACGUGUUGGUUGGUGAAGAAGGACAUAUCCUCAAUUAGUGCCUGGUCAAUGUGUUGUGCACUGUUGAAGGCGGGACUCCCAGUAUGCAGGGACAGAGGCUACGUGCAAAAAAAAAAAGAGUUUCUAAUAAAGCACAAGCAGGUGCAGGUACUUACAGUCAUGUAGGCCAGGGGUGUCAAACUCGUGCCAUGGAGGGCCGAGACACUGCAGGUUUUCUUUCCAGCCAGUCACUAAAGCAGGGGAUUUUAAUGAUCAACACCUUCAGUUGGAGGGAAGGAUCUCAUCAAUUAAAUCACCUGCCGAAGAAACCGGUUGGAGAGAAAACCUGCAGCGUCUCGGCCCUCCAGGGCACAAGUUUGACACGUGAUGUAGGCAAAGACAACAAAAAGCGAGCAAAACGGCUAAGUGAAAACACAAACGGGUAAGUACUAGAAGGAAUGCGGCAGGUUAGACAGCCUCUCCAUCUUGGUCAAAUUCAUCUUUCUCCUCAUCGGCAUCAUCUUCUCCCGUCUCAGCUAUGCUCUUUACAAUCUCAUGCUCUAAAAACUCACACUCUGUCAUAGAUAUUAUGUCAACUAAACAAAUGUGCAACGAACACACAGUAAGUCCUGAUGUGCACUACAGUGUACAUUAAUACAUUGGUGGUUUUUCCCCCUGGAAAAAAAUAAGUUCAGCUACGAACGCUCUCUGAAAAUCCUCCUGAGAUGUUUACUUCCUAAAAACAAUAAAAGUACAACGUUGAAAACCAUUUUAAACCUGAACGUCAUGCUUACUGUUCCUUGUUCCAAUAAAUGUGCUUGUUGUGAUGACAGCCAUUUCCAGAAGCGAUGCAAAGGUUACUUUGCAUGGCUGCACCCCCACACAUGAUAUAUCGUUGGAAAGGAACAUCAGGACUCAGUAGCGACACAUAUGAAGCAUUCGAGGAAUGAAGCAAAAACGAAUGUGUACCACAGUGUAUAAACUCAAUCGGAGGAUAAAGCAAACAGCCCAGAGGGAUUUUCUAGCUUCCUCGUGAAAUUACAAUGAUCAUUGUUUACUUGACUUUACCAAAGACGUCCUCUUUUUACUGGACAUUUAUGUACCUUUUAUUUGACAUCAUUUCUCAUUCCUCUGGUCUUAUUUUUAUGUGAUGUUUGGGCAAAGUGUAUCCCAAUGUAGAGUAUUGUGCAUUUUUAAUAAAUAUACCACUU